AUGGCCAGACAGUCAUUACUGUCGGAAACCUUUAAUUGGAGCUUGUCGACGAGGAACGGUAAAAACAUGCACGAACGGAGGAUAAAAGCACGUGUGGUCAAACACGAGUUGUCCACGUGUCACGAUUCCCAGGAAGGAGAAGAGCGAGGAACGUGCGGAUGCACAGCGCGAGGCAAGCGCAAUUUGCAACGGAGAACGUACGUAUUAACGAGAUUCCAUUCGCGCGGGCCUAGAUCACCGACACCGCUGGCAAUCGCUGCAUUCCAUCGUUGUAAAAGUACACAACGGCUGCCUCCAAGGACUACGAGUGGCGAGGGAAGAGGUGGCCAAGAGUCGAAAAGGGAAACUCCGCCGCGGCAGAGGGACACGGCCGAGAGUCUAACAAACAUUGUCAGAAGCAGUUAGCGUUACAAGGAAAUAAUUAGAGUCGAAGUUCACGGUGG